UAUUUCUCUCUCUCUUUUACUCUUUCUCUCUCUCUCUCUCUCUCUCUCUCUCUCUCUCUCUUUCUCUUUUAUUACACCAUGGCGUCGAGAUCAUCGACCUUUUCCUGGAUGCUGCGAUAUCUUCUGCUGUCGUCCUUCGUCUUAUGGGACUCGACCAUAGCCCGUGGGACUAAACGUGGACUUAAGCAUGGUCAAAUCGGUCCACACGGGACAAGCAAAAGCCUAAAGAAUAGCGGUCUCUUUCCGUCAACCUUUAAUGUCGCCGCUAAAGCUGAAAUAUUUGUUAAUGCAACCUGCGGCGAGGAUGGGCCAGAAACUUUUUGUAAACCUUCGGAAUCGUCGAGAUGUGCCGUCUGUGAUUCGAGAAGUCCUGACCCAGGAAAAAGACACAAUAUCAGCCAUGCCUUAGAUUCUAAUCCCGGUAGAUGGUGGCAAAGUCCUACCUUAGCUAGAGGAGAUAAUUACGAAUACGUCACUAUACUUCUCGAUCUUAAACAAGUCUAUCAAAUCGAAUAUGUGAUCGUGAAAGCAGCGAAUUCUCCGAGACCAGCUGCAUGGAUACUCGAGAGAUCGAUCGAUAACGUGAACUUUCAACCCUGGCAGUAUUACGCACCAAGCGACCAAGAAUGUUGGGCGAGAUAUUCGGCACCACCUGUGCCUGGUAAGCCGGUUUAUGACGAUGAAGUCAUUUGUACGAGCAUUUACUCCAGGUCGACGCCUAUGGAAAACGGUGAAAUUCAUACGCAUCUGAUUAAUGGUAGACCCGGUGCCCUAAAUCACAGUACAACCCUUCAAGAAUUUACACAAGCGAGAUACGUCAGACUUCGUUUUCAAGGUCUACGAAGGAACGGCGUUGUAAUAGCCGAUAAAAGAAAAGCAUUUUAUUCGAUCAAGGAGAUCAAUAUCGGUGGACGUUGUCUAUGUUCUGGUCAUGCUGCUCGUUGUCGAUACAGUGUACAACAUGGGCAUCAAGAAUGUGAAUGCGAACGUCACACGUGCGGUGAAAGAUGCGAAAAGUGUUGUCCCAUGUACAAUCAAAUACCAUGGAAGCCCGGUACCGCCUCCAAGGGCUUUCAUUGUGAGAAAUGCAAUUGCAAUGGACAUGCAACGUCAUGCGUUUACGAUCCGGAAGUUGCCGAUAAGAGGAUGUCUAUGGACGUUCGAGGGAAGUUUCGAGGGGGCGGUGUUUGCGUCAAUUGUACGGAACACACGUCUGGUAUCAAUUGUGAGAAAUGUCAAAUAGGUUACUAUAGGCCUAACGGUGUUGCACCCGAUGCAUCUGAACCCUGUUUGCCCUGUGACUGUAGCAUUCAUGGUAGUACAGGUUAUUGUACACCAGACGAUUCUUAUACACAUAUGGGAAAGGUAGCAGGUGCCUGCGAGUGCAAAUCCGGCUAUUCGGGAUACAAAUGUGAUCAAUGUGCAGCGGGUUAUCGUCAGUAUCCUGAUUGCAUGCCAUGCCCAUGUGAUUCACGGGGUAUCCUGCCGUCUCACGAUUGCGAGGGUGAUUGCCUAUGCAAGGCCAACGUCGACGGUGAAUUUUGCGAUCGAUGCAAAUCAGGAUACUUUGCAUUGACCAAGGAUAAUCUUGAUGGUUGCGUAUCUUGCUACUGUUUUGGUGCAACUGAUCGUUGCGUUGCCGGGAAGCUCUAUUACACGAUGAUAUCUUCGUUAGAAAAUUGGUUGAUUACCGAUAUGAAUGGUUCAUUAGGAGUAGUACCAACAUUAGACACAGACAAUGGUUGGCUGACCGUGGCUGCGUUCGAGGUCGAAUAUGAAAGUCCGUAUUGGUUGGCUCCACGAAUCUAUACGGGAAAUCGUCUUUCAUCUUACGGUAGUAAUCUAACAUAUACCGUCACCUGGGUCGUCAUGCGUGGCGAUACCAGUGGCAAACCUACCACCGAACCCAACGUUAUUUUAGUCGGUAACAAUGGCAUGCGCAUAGCUUACGGCGAGGAACAGUAUAACGGUCAGGAGGCGGAGAUAUCCGUGGCCUUGACCGAGCAAGGCUGGUACCACGUGCGAAGUGAAGUCCGAGACAUUCCUACAAGACUAAGGAGAACCGAUUUUCGCGGCGAUUCUGUCAGUAGAAUUCAAAUGAUGCAUGUAUUAGCUGAUUUAAAAUAUCUCAUGAUUAGAGCACAAUAUCAUUCCGAACAAAUCGAAGGAAGUCUUCUAUCUGCAAUCCUUCCGGUAGGUGAUCCCGUACGAACGGAAGAUGGUAGUCAAAGUCUCGUAGAGAUCUGUGAGUGUCCUAAAGGAUAUACAGGUCUAUCUUGCGAGAAUUGUUCCUGGGGAUACGUGAAAGUGACGAGCAAUGGUUCUAAUCAUCAGGAUUAUCAAAUUUGCGUUGAGUGUGAUUGCAAUGGUCAUGCUUCCUCUUGCGAUCUUGUUAUGGGCGAAUGUAAGACCUGUGAGCAUUAUACGGUCGGUCCAAAAUGCGAUCGAUGUUCAACAGGAUAUUAUGGGAUUGCAACGAAAGGGACAUCGGAAGAUUGUAAAAAAUGUGCUUGUCCAUUGUCCAUCGAGUCAAAUAAUUUCAGUCCAAGUUGUCAAUUGGAGGAUCCCACGGAUGAUAAUAGCGGCUAUGUUUGCACUCAAUGUCCCGAAGGAUAUACAGGCGAUCAUUGUGAAAGCUGCGACGUGGGCUUUUAUGGUAAUCCAUCGACUCCCGGUGAUACCUGUAAGCGAUGUCCUUGCUCAGGUGGACCGUGCGAUCAGGAAACAGGACGUUGUUUAGAAUGCCGUGGAAAUACCGAAGGUUGGAAAUGUGAAAGAUGUAAGGAGGCUCAUUAUGGGGAUCCAUUACGUCAAAAUUGUCUACCAUGCGAUUGUGACCCGAUUGGCAGUGGUUUCGUUCAUUGCGAUCGGAUGAGCGGUCAGUGUCCCUGCAAGCCUUUGUUCUCUGGUCGUGACUGUUCCUUCUGUAUUGAGGGUUACGGAAACGUGAGUGCACGUUGCCAACUAUGCGAAUGCGAUGUGGGUGCCCUCGACGAACUUUGUGAUCCCGUAACCGGCGAGUGCAGGUGUUCUGAGGGUGUAGUUGGUUCACAUUGCGACAGAUGCGACAUCGAUCAUUAUGGUCUGUCAACAAGCGGUUGUCAAGGAUGUCGUUGCAACAUGAUAGGUUCGAUCAGUACGACAUGUGACAUAGUAACUGGUCAAUGUCAAUGCAAAUCUCAUAUAAUCGGUAGACAGUGCGAUCAAUGUCAGACAGAUUAUUGGGGCUUGACAACAGGAGCAGGAUGUGUCCCAUGCAAUUGCGAUCCCAUUGGGUCUUUCAAUUCUUCCUGCCAACAAAAUACAGGAUUAUGUUAUUGUAGAUCUGGCGUGGCUAGCCCACGUUGCGAUACUUGUCUUCCUGGUUAUUACGGUUUCUCAUCGAAUGGAUGUCAACGAUGCGAUACCUGUGUGAGACCAGGACAUAUUUGUGAUCCCGACACAGGACGUUGUGUAUGCCCAAGCUUGACCUACGGUGAACACUGUGAUCGAUGUAGACCAGGUUCGUGGAACCUGAUUCCAGGAAUUGGCUGCAAGCCAUGCGCUUGCACUUUAGGCUCGAUGAGAUCUCAGUGCGAUCAUCGAGGCCAAUGCGUUUGCAGGAUCGGCUACGAUGGCCUUAGAUGCGAGAAAUGUGCUAAAGGUUAUUAUGGUUAUCCAAGAUGUCGUCCCUGUGGAUGCAACGCUGCUGGAAUUCUCUCAUGUGAUGGAGAGAUCUGCGAUUGCGAUGAAAAUGGACAGUGCCCGUGCAAGGAAAAUGCCGUUGGCAGACAAUGUAAUCGAUGCAAGAAUGGUACCUUUGGCCUGGCAAAAGAUAAUCCAAAAGGUUGUACCGAAUGCUUUUGCUUUGGUAGAAGCAAACAUUGUCAACAGGCUGGUUUCAGCUGGGGAUUGAGAAGAAUUAAAAAACCUAGAACACUUUUUAUUAACGAAUCGGUCAACGAUAUUAUGAUCACUGAUUCGGGCUCGACUUUUGUUUAUUCGAAUAAUGAAUUAGAUGUCAUGAAUGGUUUGACAAUAAUUCCUAAUACCGAAGGAGAUGUUAUACUUCCAGCUAAUUUGUAUUAUAAUUAUUAUCUUUAUUGGAAACUUCCGGAAACGUUUUUACGCGACAAGGUUGCAUCUUACGGUGGAUUAUUACGUUUUGCUACGUCAACUGAUGGUGGUAUAUCAUUGAGGUCGGCACAUAAAUAUCCACUUGUACAACUACAAGGAAACGAUAGGAUCAUCCUAGAAUAUUAUUUGCACUCGCCUGUUAAAGAUAAUCGCUAUGAAGUCAGAUUUCAUGAGUCCUUAUGGCAAUUACACGGCAGACCAGAUUACAAAGUUACCAGAGAGGUUUUGAUGGUCGCUUUACAGAAUGUGCAACAUAUCUUCAUAAAAGCAACAGACAAUGCGGACUUCACUAAGACGACCCUUCUGGAAGCAUCCUUGGAAGCUGCAGUGUUAACUCACACUCAUUCUCCACCAUUGGCAAGUGGCGUUGAGAUUUGUCAGUGUCCUCCGGAAUAUAACGGCACAUCUUGCCAAGAUCCAAGUAUAGGCUUCUAUAGAUCGUAUGAAAACACAACCGUCACGUCUACUAUAGUAAUCGAUCUUGUCGGACAAGCUAGACGUUGUCAGUGCAGCGGUAGAUCAGAGAUAUGUGACAGAGAGACGGGAUAUUGUCAAAAUUGCAGAGGCAACACUAUCGGUCCAAGAUGUGAGAUUUGUGCGGAUAGCUUUUAUGGACAUCCUGAAAUCGGUGGUUGCAAACCUUGUCCCUGUCCACAGAUUGAUAAAAGAUUUUCAAGUAGCUGUGUCGUUCGUGCUGAUAGUGAACCAAUUUGUCAUUGCAAACCUGGUUACACAGGUAGAAUGUGCGAACGAUGUACUCACAAUUAUUAUGGUUUCCCUAAUCUACCCGGUGGCCAAUGCAUACCAUGUAAUUGCAAUCUAGCAGGUAGUACCAGCGACAAAUGCGAUGAAAAGACAGGACAAUGCAAUUGUAGACAAGGUUCAACUGGAAGAGAUUGUUCUCAAUGUACAGCUUAUCGUCACGUUUACAUCGAUAACGUUUGCACGUCAUGUGACGACAAUUGUACCGGACUUUUAUUGGGCGACGUCGAUGCAAUGAUGGAAGAACUUGCAACUGGAACGUCUCACAUCGCUGAUGGUUAUGUACCUCCUCCCUGGGAGGAACUAACUUACGUCGAAUCUAAUACCAGUCUUCUACUAGACCAGUUGAAGCUGCAAAGCCAGCUUAAGCAGAGAAUGAAGAACGUGCCCUGGUACGAAUACAAAAAGCUCAUGAAAAAUGCUGAAACUUUGUUAAGAAAUGCAAACGAUCAUGCUAAUCGUGGCACUUUGUGGAAGAACAAGUCGAACGAUCUGAAAAAUAAUAUUUUCAGUACACAAAUUGAGAUUAGAAAUCUUCACGAACGUAUCGAAGACAUUAUCUCGCGAUUAAAUUCUUAUGGCGAUGAUAACAAAAGGGUUGAAAUCAAAAAAGUGUUGGAAAUGGCAAAGACGAUAUUGCACGAUCUGAAGAAUGUAAAUUUACCAAAAAAAACUGUGAAAAUUCAAGAAUUUAUCAAAAAUACCGAGGAUUAUAUCGAAUGGUUAAAUUCAGUCUGCAAUUCAACGGAACCAAUAAUGAUAGCUCAAGAAGACACUGAUGAUUUCACUUUGAAAUUGAACGAUAUGAAAAAGAUCUUGGAAGAAACAAUGGAGAUUUUAUUUACUUACGACGGUCUUUAUAAAAAUAUUAAUGAAACAUACGUGGAAUUUGAAAAUGAUUGUAAUCGAAUCAAUGCGUUCGCAAAAGAGAUCGACGCGAUAAACGAUAAAAUACAAUUGAUCGACGAAGCAAAAGGAUUCAUUAUCGACGCACAGAAUGAUCUUCAAGAUCUUCCAGAACUGAAAAAGAAAUUGUCCUUUUGGACCGAUAAAUUAUAUGAGAAAGAAGAAAUAUUGUACAGAUUAAAUUACGAAUAUAAUGAUAAAUACGUCGUUCCAGCGAUCGAACAUGCGAAGAAUUUGUCAAAUUAUGUGGACGAUUAUGUUAGUCUGUUUUCGGAGACACGCGACAUAGCGGCUAGCCCGCUGAAGGCGAGUCAAGCUUACAAGAACAUCGUUGAUAGCUUGACAAGAGCUAAUGAUACUGCAUUAAUGGCAAAAGAGACAACAGAAAAUAUAAAUACUCAGAUUUUUCCAAACGGAAAAGAAUCGAUAUCUAUGUUGGACAAUUCGAUAGAUGUUUUACGUGGUUCAAUUGAACAAUUAAAAAAAACCAAUGAUAUGAAGGAAUCCGUCGAAGAUUCGUCGAAUAAAACGGAAUUACAGGAAGCUGCUGUGGAACUUUUAAAAAAUACUUUAAACAAUACUGGUAUACGUGAUAAUAAAAUAAAUGUAAAAUUGAGAGAAGUGCAGAGUGAAAGCAAAGCGUUGGAAGAAAAAUUAGAAAAAGUUAUGCAGGAUAACAAUGAAGUUUCGGAGUCAGUGAACGACAUGCAAAGAUUAAUCGACGAUUACAAAAAAGAAAUUUCCGAUAGAUUGCAACCAAAAUUCCAAGAUCUUAAGAGAGAAGGAGAUUCGAAGAUCAGUUUGGCUAGUGAAAAAUUAUCAGAGGCUUUAAGUAACAUCAAAAAAGCAGAUGCAAAGCUAAUAAGUUUAUCAAAUGCUGCGGUGAAACGUAAAAGUGUUUUCGACAAAUGGAAUGAUACGUUAACGUCCAAGCUACAAAAUCUAAAAGACAAGAUUGCCGAGGCUAGAAAUACCGCUGAAGGAAUUCGAAUUUCGGUAAAAUCGGUAGAAGACAAAAAAUGUGUUAGAUCUUAUAGAUUAACAACUCUUCAACCAUCCUCGAUGACAAAUAUAGUAAUGACUUUUGCUAUUCCCGAUAAUCGGAAAGAUGGAUCUUUACUUUAUUUACCAAGCAGUAUCAACGACGAUUUUAUAGCUUUAGAAAUGAUCGAUAGGAAAGUGAAAUUUUUAUGGAAUGUAGGAGGAGGUACAGGGAUUUUAACACAUCCUGAAAUCAUCGAAAGUGGUAAACUCAAAGAAGAUAGAUUUUGGUAUCGAAUCGAAGCCGAAAGAAUACGAAACGUCGGUAAGCUCAGUGUUCGAAAACAAUCAUCAACAACUGGAAGGUAUCUUCCUGUGAUGAAUUCAACGAAUCCAGAAUAUGGACGAUUCGAUAUCAUCAGUAUGGAUCGUGUCUGGUUAGGAGGCAUACCAGAAUCUCAAAGAAGACCUGCUGAAGUCACUGCUGUUAAUGGUUUACCUGCUUGUGUUCAUCAGGUCAUUCUCGAUGGUAAACCUAUUGGUUUGUGGAAUUUUAUUACAACUGCACCAGAUAUGGCCUGUGAAGCUUGCAUGGAAGGAACUGAGGAUAUCAGGGAUGACAUAGCUUAUAGCUUUAAUGGUGAAGGCUAUGCUGUUAGAAAUAAAGUAUCAUCUGGUCCUUACAACAAAUAUACGUUUGGUGUCUCUAUCAGUUUCCGUACAUAUGAUGAAAAUGCUUUAAUCUUCUUAGCAAUUAAUGAAGAUAACAACCAACAUAUCAUGAUAUUUCUUCGAGAAGGAAGAGUCAUUCUUCACAUUGGCUAUGGUGGUAACGUUAGCAUGGAAAUGUCCUCCACUUACAAAUACAAUAAUGGUAAUUGGACAACGGUAGAUGCCUUUAGACAAUAUCUAUUACGUAAAAGUAUCGAGAAAUGUAGUUUAAACGUCGGUGAAGAAAAUGAUAAGAAGAUGGGAGCACCAACACCUCAGCCUAAAAAAGAAGAUAUUCCAGAUUUAGCAAAAGCUAAAUAUUACUUCGGUGGUGUACCACCCAGUUUUAGAGCUGAAAAUAUAAUACUACCAUCUCAAGUAUCAUUUCUUGGUUGUAUGUCUAAUAUUAUUAUACAAGAAGGCUAUGAUCCUAUGGUUGAACAGUAUUAUGGUAUUGAACCAACUUGCGCGAACAAGCCAUUAAGAAUAGUAGGAUUUUAUGGAAAUGGUUAUCUCGAGCAUUCCUCUUAUACUUUGCGUAAAAUAAGUUCGUCUAUGAGUUUCUCAUUUAGAACUUUACAAGAAGAUACUUUAUUAUUGUUAUCCACGUUCCAAGGUCAAGAAGAAAGAUUAUACAAUCCACAAGACAUUAAUGAGGAUAUAACGAGAGAAAAUUAUUAUUCCGUCUGUGUGAUGAAAGGGCAAGUUGAAGUUCGCUUAAAUGCUGGCAAAGGAGAACUCGUUCUUAGAUCUAAUAAUACUUUCAAUGAUGGAAGAUAUCAUACUGUUACGAUUAUUAAAAGAAGAAAGGAAGUUGAGUUGAGGAUCGAUGAUGCUUACCAAAACACUGGAAGAUUACCUAGCAGUGCAGCUAUUAAAGGGCCUGAUUCUAAUGGUGGCCUCUUCUUUGGUGGACUUCCAGCUUUGAUUAAUAAUACAAAAAUGGUGGCUACUAAAAUUCCUCUUUAUGGUGCAAUUAAAGAUGCUAUCUUCAAUGAUGAAAUUCUAAGAUUCGACGAAGUCACGUCGUUCGAUCAUGCACUGAUUGGUCGACCAGGACCUAGUAUGGGUAAAGAUCUUCCUAAUUACACACCUUCUGCCUCAUUGUCAAGGGGAAUGUCUACUCAGCCUGAGGGUUGUCAAAAGGUUCCAUAUUAUUCUUUGGAACCGGGAGCAUUAAAAUUUGGUGACAAAUCGCACAGCCAUACUCAGCUCUAUUUGAACUUCAAAAAAUUUUGGGAAAAAAAAUAUACCAUUGAAUUUGACUUUAGGACUUAUUAUCCCAAUGGUCUAUUAUUUAUUACACCGGGACUUAGAUUAAAGCAUUAUUUGAUGAUCGUGAUUAGAGAUGGACAACUUUUGCUUCUUGUCAAAUGCAAACAAAAAAAGGAGAUCUUAUUUAAGACACCAUUCAAUGAUGGAAAUUGGCAUCACGUUGUAUUGAGCCACGAUGAAAGAAGGCUGACACUUGUUGUGGAUACACAAACACCUCGUACAAUCAAAGUACCUAAAAAGAUUGGAUUAGCUCCGAUGAUGUAUAUUGGUGGAUUACCAGAAAGUGGUACUCCAUUACCAGAACAAAUUGUGGUGAAAUUGGAGACUCUUAAAGGAUGUAUAAGAGGCUUAAGAGUUAAUGGAAAUAUCUAUGACAUGGUCGGUUCUACCAGUCGAGCUUAUAAUGUUGGUCAAUGUUUUCCUAGUGUAGAAAGUGGAGCUUAUUUUCAAGAUGAAGCUUACGCAAUUUAUAAAAGAAAUUUUGAAUUGGGAGCAGUAUUAGAACUUCAGCUAGAAUUUAGAACUUCAGAAUUAUCAGGAGUUUUACUUUCUAUAACUGCUCCUAGUGGCUCUCCAUCCUUAUCCUUGGAAUUGAAUAAUGGCAAAGUGAUCAUGUCUGGUGAUUUGGGAGAUAGUAAUCCAUUAUACGUGGAACAACGAUUUCCUAGUCCAUAUGCUAUUUGUGACAAUCGUUGGCAUCGUAUUCAAGCUGUUUAUAACGAUGAAGAAUUAGCAUUAAAGGUUGACGAUCUGGAUCAAAAAUAUGGAUUGCCUACUAAUGUUAAUUAUCAUUUCAUGGAAUCCACGACUUUAGGUCCUCUUUAUAUCGGUGGUUUACCAGCUUCAGCUAUGAAAGGAACGUUACUCACGCGAGAUCAUUUCAAUGGAUGCAUAAGAAACGUAAUGAUAGGAGGAGAGAGACGAGAUUGGACAGAUAUGGCUGAGCUACAUAAUAUACAUUUGAGUUCUUGCCCGAUACAAUGAUGUAACAUGUAUUAGAUGCAAAUUCGAAGUGCAUCGAAUCAAUCCAAAGACUGUUACGAGGCAGACGCGCAACGUAGUGACGAAUGUUCUUAUGAAUCCUUUGAUAAAUUAAUCGUUAAAUACAGAGGUAAGUGCCAUAACGCGACAAAGGGAUUAAUAAUCCUUAAGACGUAAGACUUAGCGAAGCCAAAAGAUGCUAAAAUAUAAAAUCUAUUAAGCUCUAAAGUUAGUAGGAAACUUGAUAUCAGUCUGCGUUUAGAAAUCAUGGCACAAAAGCUCGUCACACAAUAUCCACAAUUGUGUAAACAAUAAUUUCAAGGAAAAAAAAAAUAUAUAUAUAUAUAUGUAAUUAAACAAAUCACUGCCCAGUGUUGGACAAUAUUUAAUUUAAUUAACGAUUAAAUGUUUACUUAUAUUAAUCAUUGAUGUUUUAAACGUUUACACGUUAAAGAAUUAAUCGAUAAACAUAUAAAUUAUUUGAAUCAUUUUAUUCUACGUACGAUUAUAAAAUUAUGUCGAGCGUUACUUGACACAAGUUGUGUAAAAUUAAUCUCUAUUGUCACUUGACGAUCAUUGACACACUUUUACGUCUUAUCGUAGAAUCGUCCAUUAACGAGCUUCUUUGAAGACCAUUAAAUUUUUUUUAAUGUUUUAUCAUACAAAGCAGAAUCACUGACUAACUACUCCGUAUAUAUAUAUAUAUAUAGAAUCACUUAUCGUUUUAAUUAACUUUUUAAAUGUUAAUAAGAAAAUAAGAAAAAUAUAUAAUAAAGCAAAUAUUUAUUUCAUGGCAAUGAAAACUUAAAUUGUUAAUCAUUAAUACAAGUAAUGAUUAAAUUACCAAUUUAAUCUUUAAUUGCAAUUGAUAAUUUGAAUAUUUUCAAUGUAAUCAUUAAUCAAUAAUUGAAUUAAAUAAUACAGAACACUGCCACUGCCAUAUAGAAUAAUUACAAAUACAUUUAUAGGAUAGACACAUUGUAAAUCAGUAUUUAAAGCUAUUAUUUAUUACCAAUGAUUUAUACAUACAUGUAAUUAUGAUUUCAAUUGAGCAUACUCAAUGCACUCGAGGAUUACUAUUAAUUGAUAGCAUUUAAAAAUAAGUAGAAUUAACUAAAUAAACUGUUUUAUACUUUUAUGGUGGUAUUAACGUAACAAUUGAAUUUAAUACUUAAGUAAAAUAAGAUGCGCAAUUUAAAAAAAAAAAAAGAAAAAAAAUAUUCAGAUAAUAUAUCCAAUGCAAAGGCUAUAUUUAUCAUAUCAACAAAAAAUUAAACCUUUGUAAAAACAACAGUACCGUAAAAAAAAAAA